CACUCAGCGGCACCGGGCGAUGGAGCGGUCUGCGGUGUGAGCUCGGAGCUCGGCCAGAGAGGGGCGAGAAGGGGCGGCCGCAGCAGGUGGACGCCCGGCCCGGGGCCGGCGAGCAAGGAGAAAGUACCUGAGCUCCUCCUCCGCCCCUUCGGCCCGCGAGAACGACUUUUCCCCUCGUCGUAGGAGACAGCCCGGGGGAAGGUGAAGGAGAUCAACGUUUUAUCAGGAGGGACUGCAGGGAAACCCUGGCCCGAGCGAGCCGCCGCCCGGCGCCCCGAGCACAGCCGUCCCGGGCUUCUGGAGACAACUCCUUCCCGAGAAUUCCAGCUGGAGUCGCUGGGCGUUCUAAUUGGAAACUCUGUUUUCCCCACCUAUCUACACAUUGACUCGCGCGGGCGUUUGGAAAGAGACAGUUCUUUUUUUAAGCUUCUGGAGGUCGGAAGCCCAACGGAGAGAGAUGGAAAAGGGAGCCCGACAGCGAAACAACCCUGCGAAGAGCCACCCGGGUGAGCUCAGAUCCGACACGAGCCUCGAGGCCGAGGCUGCCUCGGGAGGGGGCGGAGUAGCCCUGAAGAAAGAGAUCGGAUUGGUCAGCGCCUGUGGCAUCAUCGUAGGGAACAUCAUUGGCUCUGGAAUCUUUGUCUCGCCGAAAGGUGUGCUGGAGAACGCCGGCUCUGUGGGCCUUGCUCUCAUCGUCUGGAUUGUGACUGGUGUCAUCACCGCUGUGGGAGCCCUCUGCUAUGCUGAGCUAGGUGUCACCAUCCCUAAGUCUGGAGGUGAUUACUCCUAUGUCAAGGACAUCUUCGGAGGACUGGCCGGGUUCCUGCGGCUAUGGAUUGCCGUGCUGGUGAUCUACCCUACCAACCAAGCUGUCAUCGCCCUCACCUUCUCCAACUACGUGCUGCAGCCGCUCUUCCCCACCUGCUUCCCCCCGGAGUCCGGCCUGCGACUCCUGGCCGCCAUCUGCUUGUUGCUGCUCACGUGGGUCAACUGCUCCAGCGUCCGGUGGGCCACCCGGGUUCAAGACAUCUUCACGGCUGGGAAGCUCCUGGCCCUGGCCCUCAUCAUCAUCAUGGGUGUCGUGCAGAUAUGCAAAGGAGAAUUCUAUUGGCUGGAGCCAGAGAACGCAUUCGAGAAUUUCCAAGAGCCAGACAUCGGCCUCGUUGCUCUGGCUUUCCUCCAGGGCUCCUUUGCCUAUGGUGGCUGGAACUUUCUUAACUAUGUGACUGAGGAACUUGUGGACCCCUACAAGAACCUUCCUAGAGCCAUCUUCAUCUCCAUCCCACUGGUCACAUUUGUGUAUGUCUUUGCCAAUGUCGCGUAUGUCACUGCAAUGUCCCCCCAGGAGCUGCUGGCCUCAAAUGCAGUCGCUGUGACUUUCGGCGAGAAGCUCCUAGGAGUCAUGGCCUGGAUCAUGCCCAUUUCUGUUGCCCUGUCCACAUUUGGAGGAGUCAAUGGCUCUCUCUUCACCUCCUCCCGGCUCUUCUUUGCUGGAGCCAGAGAAGGCCACCUUCCCAGUGUGUUGGCUAUGAUCCACGUGAAACGCUGCACCCCAAUCCCGGCAUUGCUCUUCACGUGCCUCUCCACUCUGCUGAUGCUGGUCACCAGUGACAUGUACACCCUCAUCAACUACGUGGGCUUCAUCAACUACCUCUUCUACGGGGUCACAGUCGCCGGGCAGAUAGUCCUCCGCUGGAAGAAGCCUGACAUGCCCCGCCCUAUCAAGAUCAACCUGAUGUUCCCCAUCAUCUACUUGCUGUUCUGGGCCUUCCUACUGAUCUUCAGCCUGUGGUCGGAGCCAGUAGUGUGCGGCAUUGGCCUGGCCAUCAUGCUGACGGGAGUACCGGUCUACUUCCUGGGUGUCUACUGGCAACACAAGCCCAAGUGUUUCAAUGACUUCAUUGAGCUGCUAACCCUAGGGAGUCAGAAGAUGUGCGUGGUGGUGUAUCCCCAAGAGAGGGACUCAGAGACAGACGAGACAAUGAACGAAAUGGAGGAACAACAGAAGCCCAUCUUCCGGCCUACUCCUGCCGAGUCCCAGGACACAGAGGAGCAGUCCCGGCCCUGAAGACUGCCACCCCUUUAACUGACCACACCCUCCUUCAUCCUCUCUGCCCUGCUUCCCUGCCUAGGACCUCCCAACACACCCAACCCUAUACUUCUGUCAGGCAGGGACAAGACCUGGGUGUCCACAGUGAAAAGUUCUAAACAAAGAUGCUGACCUUUGUACCCAAAGAACCUGCUUCCCAUACCAAGGCCCAAGGUCAAGGUCAGUGCACCAGGGCCUGUACACACCCUAUGGGUUAGAGGAGAGUGGAGGUACCAUGGGUACCCCAUGGGGCCCUUCCUCCUGGGCUCACACCCUUUAGGUGCCGCUAAGAAACCUGGGUUCACUGCUGUUUUUUUCUCCCUAUUUCCGAGCCCAGGUGAAGCUUCAGCUGGGAAAGAGGUAGCAGCCACAGUGAGUUAGUUGGGAAAGACAGAGCAGACAAAUGUGUCAGCUGGAGAAACUCAAAUGUCUCUUCCUUCACCAGGGACCCAGAGGCAGAGGGUUCACUGCCCUCUGCCUCCUCCACCCUGUCCCAUCUCCACUCCACUGCCCGGCCUCUACCCCAUCUCCUACCCCAUCCCACCCCAUCCCACCCCACCCCGUCACCCCCACCCAGGAAGUCCAUGCCUCCUCCCCACUGAGCUAAGGACCAAGAAGGAGGACUGUCCAUCUUCCGAAACCCUCCACUCCCCCACUCCCCCCCUCACACCCCCAGCUCUAAGCCAGGCUUGUGGAAUAUACAGGGAAGGCUCAGCCUGCAGAAGCCAAGCCCUGCCCUGCCCCUGCCCCCUUGUGGUGCCAAAGCUUCUUGAAGCCAGAAAGACUUCUGUUCAGUCUAGUAGACAUCUCUCUCUUAAGGGCAAAGAGAUGCAGCCACCCCCCCCCCCCGUGAAAGAGCAGCGGCCCUCUCAGCAGCUCUUCUCAGCUCCCCCCCACCCCGUGAAAGAGCAGCGGCCCUCUCAGUUACCCCCUCCGCCCCCCGUGAAAGAGCAGCGGCCCUCUCAGCAGCUCUUCCCAUCCACAGCACUGCCGGCCACCCUCCUCCUUUUUCCCCCCUGGACCUUGGCUCAAGGACCAGGUAGGAAGGAUCCCCAAGUCCUUCUGGCCUGAAAUUAAGAGUCAAACGAGCCUUAAGUCAUCUCCCAUCCUAGAACUGGGCCUAAAAUUGCUCCCUGUUUCUAACCUUCAGGACAGACCUAGCGUUAAAUGCCUUCCCUGGAAGGAAGGGUGCUCCCCCUUCCCAGAGGUACUCCUCCCUCACUGUGGGGAGACUGUGCUGUGGAGAUGGAGAAUGUUCUUUGAAGGCCAGUUCCCCUCCCCUCCCCCAGCUCAAGUGACCCCACCACCAUCUUGCCAUCCCAUUUGGGACAAGAUGGAAGGGCAGGGACAGAAUGCCGCUCCUUUUGGAGACCUCAGCAAGCCGCCUCCCUCCGGGAGAGCUGCUGGCCUGUGCUCCACAGGAAGGCGACAGUGUCCCGGCAGCCUCCCGCACCUGCUGUGCUAAGUCCAAGAUCCUCUGAUCACAAAGCAAGACGCCAACUCCCCCGUUCACCUACUCAAACUGGAAUAACCAGGGGCCUUUUCCUGGCCGAAUCAGGUCUCCCAGCUUCCCACCGAACCCCUGACUGGUGAGAGGCUGGGUUUGGCCACUCAGAAUACAGUCCAGGCAGGCUGUGGGGUCUCCGGGCACCAGGGACCAUCCCUCCAUCCCUUGACUCUCAUUCCUCCAGCCCAUGCCCACCCCUUCCUUGAAUUUUUUUUUUUAAGUGGAUGCCUUACUUUUUGGAUAACUAUUUUUGAAGCUGGUAUUUCUAUUUCUUUUGGAUUUUUUUUUUUUAAUGUACGGUGGUUUGGGGGCAGCGCUAAACCUUAAUAAUCUGUCACUGAGUUCAUUUAGGUUUUAAAUUUCAUUGGUUUGUUCUGUGGAGUGUUUUCUUUUCAUGUAAUAAAUUUUUAAAUGAAUUUAAA